AUAUAUUUGUGUCUGUGUGCAAGUGGGAGUGUGUGCGCCUGCCUUUAAGAAGAGGCUUUUCCCAUCAGGUUCACACCAGUCCAGGACCUCAACGCUAGAAGGUCUCUCUCUUCUUGCUUGGUUGAUCCUUAACUCAGCGCUGCAGCCAUGUCUCACCUAGAGCAGCUGAUCGUCUCCAUGGUGGACGUGUUUGAGGAGUAUGCCGGACAGGAGGGCAAGAAAAACCAGAUUAGUAUGGAUGAGCUCAAGACUCUGAUCGAUAACGAAGUGUCCAAGCCUGAGUUCCAGAAAAAGAUCCAUGCAGAGGAUGUGACCAAGGCCAUGGAUUUUCUGGACAAGAACCAUGAUGGAGUGGUGAACUUCAAUGAGUUCUCUAGGUGUGUGGCCACCCUGGCCAGGGGAUACUACAAGCAGAAGCAAGGCAAGGGAGGCAAGAAGGGCAAAGGCAGAGAAGAGGACGAACAGGAGGACCAAUAGGAACACUCCUCAACUGACCUGCACAUGCAUUCCAGAAGACAUAUUCAGUAUAUUAUUCAUAAUGCUAGUAUCUGGGUGACUAUUUUCUGUCUUGGAAAGACGCGAGAAAAUGUAGAGCAAGCUAAUAGUUGAAGAUUUCUUUAACCCUGCGGACAUUAGUCCUUUGCACACCUCUCUAAGCUACUAACAGAAUGUUUUUGUUUACCAAUGUGCAGAAGGUUAUAUGAAGUAUAAUAGAAUACCUUGUACUAUAUUGGUCUUUGAUUUGAAAUGUGAGACAAUAUAAGGACCAAAUAAGAAUAACAAUCAAUAGAAUAAUCUAGUUUGGGGUGGGGGGCAUUUAAAAGCAUUAAAUGAAACCAGAAUCAAGUCAUUAAACAUUAAUCGAUCA